CCUUAUUCAAUACCCCGCCCCUUUUCAAUAAAAUACCCUUUACACUUUUAUAUUGUGCACUUGCUGUCACAUGGUUAUUCGCAAUGGAGAGAGUGAACCUGGUUACAGCCUUGCUUCUGGGAAGCCUCAGCUGGAUGUCUGUCUCUGUAUCCGAGGCUCAGAAGGUUGUCCAGCCUGGUGAAGAAGUCACACUGACAUGCAUCAACAUUACCACCAAUCCAUCUCAGACAGAGUGGUUCAGAGUGACCAGCCAAAACAAGCCCAGCUGUAUCGCCUCUAUGUACGGGUCUGAAGGCAAAGUUUCGCCCUGUGUGGGAUUUCAAGAUGGAUUUGAAAUGAGCUCCAACAGCGUUAUUGUCGUUCUUAAAAUCAACCAAGUGGAUUUGUCUCACUCUGGACUGUAUUUCUGUGGAUUCUACAUUGACAAACAUACAAUCUUAUCCAAUGAAACUCUUUUGAUCGUUCAAGAUAACAAUCAAUCUGGUGAUGGAGCGGGUUCUAAUUCUGAGAAAGGGACUGAUGGAAUGACAAACCUAACGAGUGUGAUCCUGGCAGGUCUAACUCUUUUCUUCAUCAUAGUUGUUAUUGUUCUGGCUGUUAAAAACAGGAAACUUCAGACAGCUGCGAAUGAAGAACCAGGGCCAGAAAGAAACAAGGAUCUGCGCUCAGAUGAACCGAAUUACGCAGCUCUAAAAUUCCAGAUGAAACAAAAAGGGGGCCGAAGGCCUCCAUGUGAGAGGGAGCUGGAGACACAUGUUGUGUAUUCUGCCCCCAGAUAAUAGACUGAGGGUGACAACUGGAAUUGACGCUUUAUCAUAUUCAUCUGCUGGGGUGAUUUGGUCUGGGCAUUUAGUGGAAGGAGCCACUGGUAAUAAAUACAUUUCAAAUAUUUA